AUGGCGCCUAACCUGAAAGUGACCAUUAUUGCGGCAGACGCACUCUACAAAAGAGACCUGCUCCGCCUUCCCGACCCGUUUGUGGUGAUCACGGUAGAUGGCGCACAAACUCAAUCCACGAGUGUCAUCAAGAAGACUUUAAAUCCGUAUUGGAAUGAAUCCUUCAUGGUUGAAGUCAAGCCGUCCAGUAUCAUUGCAAUUCAGAUUUUUGACCACAAGAAGUUCAAGCGCAAGGACCAAGGGUUCUUGGGGGUUGUUAACAUUGUCGUCAAGGACGAAAUAGAUCUCCAAUCUGGCGGCAUUCAGCUGCUCACCCGCGACCUCAAAAAGAGCAAUGGCAACCUGCCUGUCUCGGGCAAGCUGGUUGUCAAUUUGACCACCAAUCUCAAUGGAGACCAGCGCAGAGACAAUGCGGCAACGGCUUCAGGUAAUUCGUUGCCGGGAGCAACCAACUCCUCGUCCAUCACUGCUCCUGCGGGCAAUGCACCGUCUGGUCUCACCGACCAUCCUCUCACUUCAGAAACUGCACAGAAUACUCUUGGAACCCAUGCUAAUGGCAGCCGCACUAAUGCCGCCGCCUCUGACAACCGUGACCUGUCCUCAUUUGAGGAUGAGUACGGGCCGUUGCCUAGUGGCUGGGAACGUCGUACCGACAAUCUCGGUCGCACUUAUUACGUAGAUCACUCUACUCGCUCAACCACUUGGACCCGGCCUGCUGCAAGUGCCGCCGAACGAGAGGCGCGGGCUCGGAACAACACCAGCGACAUCGAACGCCGUCAGCACCAGGCCCGUACAUUGCCAGAGUCCGUUUCAAGCUCAGUGGCACCCACUCCGCCUGUUUCCACGCCAGUUAGUAGCGAGGUACCAAGUGCCCCCGCCACGGCUGCCAACAACAGCCCAGUCACGCCAUCCGGUACUAUUGUAAAUACGGGUGUUACCACUGCAGGACUUGGUGAGCUGCCCUCAGGAUGGGAACAGCGUAUGACUCCUGAGGGUCGCUUCUACUACGUCGACCACAACACCCGCACGACCACCUGGGUCGACCCCCGUCGCCAGCAAUAUAUUAGAAUGUAUGGGCCCAACCAGAGCAAUUCCACGAUUCAGCAACAACCUGUUUCGCAGCUCGGACCCCUCCCCUCUGGAUGGGAAAUGCGUCUCACCAAUACAGCUCGGGUUUACUUUGUUGAUCACAACACAAAGACAACCACCUGGGAUGACCCGCGACUGCCAUCUUCACUUGACCAGAAUGUUCCGCAGUACAAGAGAGACUUCCGGCGAAAACUCAUCUACUUCAGAUCACAGCCCGCUUUGCGCAUUCUGCCUGGCCAGUGCCAUAUCAAGGUGCGACGUGAUCAUAUCUUUGAAGACUCGUACCAGGAGAUCAUGCGCCAGUCGCCGCAGGAUCUCAAAAAGCGAUUGAUGAUUAAAUUCGACGGCGAGGAGGGCCUGGACUAUGGUGGAGUGAGCCGUGAAUACUUCUUCUUGCUUUCCCACGAAAUGUUUAAUCCCUUUUACUGCUUGUUUGAAUACUCGGCUCACGACAAUUAUACACUGCAGAUCAACCCGCACUCUGAGAUUAACCCAGAACAUUUGAACUACUUCAAGUUCAUUGGCCGUGUGGUUGGUCUUGCUGUAUUCCAUCGCCGAUUCCUGGACGCAUUUUUCAUUGGUGCGUUUUACAAGAUGAUGCUGCAAAAGAAGGUCGUGGUUGAGGACAUGGAAGGUGUAGAUGCCGAGUUCUACCGCAACUUGGAGUGGACACUUGAUAAUGAUAUUACUGAUAUUCUGGAUCUCACUUUCAGUGUUGACGACGACCACUUUGGUGAGGUAGUCACUGUCGACCUCAAGGAGGGCGGCCGCGAUAUCCCUGUAACAAACGACAACAAGCUCGAGUAUGUCGAAUUGGUUACCCAGUGGAAGAUCGAGCGUCGUGUUCAGAAGCAAUUCCAAGCGUUCAUCACCGGGUUCAAUGAGUUGAUCCCUGAGGACCUUGUCAAUGUGUUUGACGAGCGCGAGCUCGAGCUACUUAUUGGCGGUAUCUCCGAGAUUGAUGUCGACGACUGGAAGAAACACACUGAUUAUCGUGGCUAUUCGGAGAACGAUGAAGUCAUUCAGUGGUUCUGGAAGUGUAUCCGUAACUGGGAUUCUGAGCAAAAGUCGCGCCUGCUGCAAUUCACCACAGGUACUUCUCGUAUCCCCGUGAAUGGUUUCAAGGAUCUUCAGGGCUCAGAUGGCCCUCGCCGGUUCACCAUCGAGAAGGCAAACGAUUCGCAGUACCUGCCCAAGUCGCAUACAUGCUUCAAUCGAGUUGACCUUCCCCCUUACAAGGACUACGAAACGUUAGUACAAAAAUUGAGCAUCGCUGUUGAGGAGACAGUUGGAUUCGGCCAAGAGUAA